AUGGUUUCCCCGUCGUCUACGCACAGCUUGCCACCAACUAGUUGUGCGCCAUCUCCCUCGGUGGUGACGCGAUCUGGUCCCGCACCUUCGGUCGGUGUUGACAAUUCGCCACGCGAACACCCAACUGGCCCCGUUUCCACUACAGACGCGGUUGAAGGUACCUCGGUGAGCGGAAGCCCGAUCGGCCCUGCUUUGGGAAUCGAUGUUGCUGAGGACCUCGCUUCAAGUACGGAACCGAUCGGCUCCACGCUGACGCCUGAUGUCCUUUACAAUUCUGCUGCAAGUGACGAGCCGAUUGGUGUCGGAGAAUCUGCUGCAGCCACUGAUCCGAUGAGCUCCGCGUUGACGCUUGAUGUCGUCGACAAUUUUGCUGCAAGUGGCGACCCUAUUGGGGCUAUUCCGUUGCCUACCACUCGAGUUUAA